UUCUCGCGAGAUUGUGCUGACGUCAUGAAGAGGAAUCCAGAAUGGCAGGUCGGAGUGUGUUGAGUUGUCUUUGGAGCUCGUUUAAGUUAUCGGCAAACUGCACUAACGGGAGCGUUUUGCAGAGGAUAAACGCUCUCCAGUUGCCGGGCGUGAGCGUCCAGAGCAGAGGGAUCCGUCAAGUGGUGGAGAAAAAAGAUGGCAAAACAACAACAAUUGAGGGACGAAUUUUGAUCAUCCCAGAGGGACCACAGCCUCCAAAUCCUGCAGCCCAGUGCCCCAUCUACAGGUGGAACCUCCAACAUAAAUACAACUACACAGACGUCUUGUUGCUCAGACAGUUCAUCAGGUCGGAUGGCGGCAUGUUGCCGCGGAAAAUCACUGGCCUCUGUAAAGAGGAACAUGACAAGAUCACAGUCUGUGUGAAAAUGGCUCACAGAGCAGGUCUGCUCCCUGACCACAAACCCAAACUCCCAGAGGGACACGUUCUAAAGAGGAACAAGCCAGUCCUACACAGAUAUCUGACCCGCUGGGCUGUUGGCUCGGUGAAGCCCAUCUAUAAAAAAGGACUGAAGUGGUGUAAGAAGCGCAUGGAUGUCGGUGACCCAGCACUAAAGGAUAAUGUGCGUUACGGCAUUAAACCCCUUUACAUGAGACACUGAAGGAGAAGACGCUGUGGUGCAACAGCUGGAGGAGUGUGGGUGGGCUUGCUGCACAGGGAUGGUUUUCCUCAGCCACAUAACACACACCAACUCAAGUUUUGUUUAGAAAGCCUCAUCACACUUUUAUUGAGUCAUUCUCUGCCCCACCCACAUUCAUUUAUUCGCUCUUGAACUUGAACUCAAAUCUAGGUUAGUGUUACAGUUUUAAAGCAGAAUGAUACCUGCAUGUGCUGAAGGCAACAUAAAUAAAAAUUUUCACAUUUUC